AUCAUCAUCAACUCCUGAGGAAUCAUAAUGAAGACCACUCACAUCCUUUUGCUGUGCAUCCUUGGAGCUGCUUUGUUGACUGCAGUUAACUGCACUAAUGCAAAUGGCCCCGACAACUGCUGCUUCAAGUUUUACCCAAGAAGAAUUAAACCAAGCAUUGUGGAGUCGUAUUACAUGACUGAUCACCGAUGCCCAAAGCCUGCCGCCAU